AAAAGUAAUAAACUCAUAAAAAAAGAUACUUACUUCACACAAAAGCAUAACAAUUGCCUUUCUUAAACGUAUUAAGAAUGAAAAGAAAGUGUGCCUAAAGGCCUUAAUAAAAAAUACAAAAAAUUUGUUUUAAGAGUGUAAUAACUUUUGUUUCCUUGAAGUUUUUGGGUGUGAGCGCCCGCUGGUGUUUAAAAGAAUUUAAUUGAAAUUAUUGAAAGUGCUGUUUGCCUUCUCAUGGAAUAAAUUUAUUAAAUAUUUCAAAUAAAAGUCUAAAACAACAACUUCUUGACAAGUUAAAGGAAAAAAAAACACAUUACUUGCAAGCAACAAAGACAACAAGAAUUGUAUGUGUCAAUCAGAAAUUGCAUUAGGAAAGACUUAAAGAAAAACAAAAACUUACAACAUGCCGGGUCCCUGUCAACGUCUCCGUUUACCCUCCCUAACAUCUGUACUUAAGUCAACGACGCCGCGUGCCAACAGUGCAGACUACCCCUCAUCGACGCCACCCAGUAAACGCAACAAUUCCGCCAUCAAUCAUCACAGUACCGGUUCAACGACACAUCUGAUGCGUAAACAACAGCAUCGUGUUGUGGUCAUGGGUGCUGCUAAAGUGGGAAAAACUUGCAUCAUUUCACAGUUUCUCUAUGAUAAAUUCUAUCCACGUUAUAAACAAACAGUCGAACAAUUGCAUCGUGCUGAAUAUGAAUUACCCGAUGGUUCGGCGCUCACUCUUGAUAUUCUCGAUACUUCGGGUUCUUUUGAAUUUCCAGCAAUGCGUACGUUGUCCAUAACGACGGGUGCUGCUUUUAUAUUGGUUUAUGCAGUUGAUGAUAUCGAGUCUUGGUAUGAAGUGGAGAGAUUACGUAAUAUGAUCAUCAAACAAAAAGGUAUGAAACCACCCAUUGUCGUUGUUGGCAAUAAAAUCGACAUUAAUGACUGCGAACGUCGUCAGGUGGAGUAUGAAGUCACCGAAAUGGUUGUAUGUGAAGACUGGCGCUGUGGUUAUAUUGAAUGUUCAGCCAAGGAGAAUACGGGCAUAGUGGAGAUAUUUAAAGAGCUGUUGGUACAGGCUAACAUACGUUAUAAUUUAAGUCCGGCUGUAAGACGACGACGUCAAUCGUUACCCUCCUUCACCUCGGCCAAGGGCAGUAAAAGUCCUUCACAUCGUGGUGUACUCAAGAGGCAUUCAUGUACCAUGACUUAAAUGAAUGAAAGCACGAAUAUGAUAAUUAUAAAUUUGUAUUAAUAGAAGUACAUAUGUAUGUAUGUAUAAUUAAGGAUUUGCAUUUUAGAUAUUCAUGUAUGUAGAUGAAAUGAAUGAAAGAGUUUUAUUGUGAAUGAGUGUGCAUGACAUUAAGUUUAUUAGUAAAACAAACUAUAUAACAAACAAUUAAUAAGACAAAUAAUUAAAAAAAAUAUAUAUUUAAA